AUGGCCCAAAACCAUAUAAGCUCUUCCCUCGCCUCCAGUCUCUCUCAACCCUCCCACCCCCCGCAUUACCCGCACACUCUCCGCUCCGAUUCCUGCGCAACCUCCCGCGCAACCUUCCGCGGAGCCUCCAGCGCAACUUCCCGCGCAGGCUCCUGCGCUACCUCCUGCACAGCCACCAUUGCCGCUCCUUCCCCUUCCCCUAUCGUUCAAGCCCUUCCCUGCGCCACUAUCCCCAGCAGGUGCCUUUCCGGUGAGAUGCGCGUGUACAGCCACGUGAACGUGCAGCGACCCGCGGACUACUGGGACUACGAGGCGCUCCGAGUGCCGUGGGACGACCAGGCGGACUACGAGCUGGUGCGCAAGGUGGGGCGCGGGAAGUGCCAAGACGGGGCGGACUACGAGCUGGUGCGCAAGGUGGGGCGCGGGAAGUACAGCGAGGUGUUUGAGGGGCGCAGCACCCGCCACGGCGCGCGCUGCAUCGUCAAAGUGCUCAAGCCCGUGCGCCGCAAGAAGAUUCUGCGCGAGAUCAAGAUUCUGCAGAACUUGAUGGGCGGGCGCAACAUCAUUCAGCUGCUGGACGUGGUGCAGGACGCGCAGUCGGGCACGCCGUCGCUGGUGUUUGAGUUUGUGAACAACCACGACUUCAAGCACCUCUACCCUGCGCUCUCCGACCUGGACAUUCGUUUUUACCUCUACGAGCUGCUGCAGGCACUCGACUUUGCGCAUUCACAGGGCAUCAUGCACCGGGACGUGAAGCCGCACAACGUGAUGAUCGACCACCAGCGCCGCCAGCUGCGCCUCAUAGACUGGGGCCUCGCGGAGUUCUACCACCCGGGCAUGGCCUACAACGUGCGCGUCGCCUCUAGGUACUUCAAGGGGCCAGAGCUGCUGGUGAACAUAGAGGACUAUGACUACUCGCUGGACAUGUGGAGCCUGGGGUGCAUGGUCGCAGGCAUGAUCUUCCGCAGGGAGCCCUUCUUCUUUGGCGCGGACAACAACGACCAGCUCGUCAAGAUUGCUCAGGUCCUAGGCACAUCGGACCUGUACCAGUACCUCACACGCUACUCCGUACGGCUGGACUCGCAGCUGCAGUCCGCUGUGGGCAGGCAUCGCCGCAAGCCAUGGUCGCGCUUUAUCACGGCGGAGAACCAGCACCUCGUGUCACCCGAGGCCAUUGACUUUCUUGACCGCCUGCUGCGCUACGACCACCAGGAGAGGCUCACAGCCAAGCAAGCCAUGGACCACCCCUACUUCGACCUACUAAGGAACCCCUCUGCUAGACCAACACCGCCCCGCACUGGCUGA